AUGGCGUGGACAUGCAGCGGAGACACCAACUCAGCUCUUAUUGAGAACAUGUGGAAGAAUGGUCUCAUCACCGACCCUCGAGUCAAAGAGGCAUUCCUCAGGGUUGACCGAGCAUACUACGCCCCAGCAAUGCCAUAUGAAGAUUCACCCCAGCCCAUCGGGUACUCGGCAACUAUAUCUGCACCCCACAUGCACGCCUCAGCCAUCGAGCACGUUCUCAGCUAUCUUCUCCCCUCAUCAACAUCUCCAGCCCCUCGGGUCCUUGAUGUCGGUUCUGGAUCUGGAUAUCUGACUCAUGUCAUGGCUGAGCUAGUUGGUGAGAAGGGUCUUGUAGUCGGUCUUGAGCAUAUUCGUGAGCUGAAAGAACUUGGCGAGACAAAUAUGUCGAAGAGUGUGGAGGGAAGAAGAUUGCUUGAGAGUGGAAAGGUGAGAUUUAGAUUUGGCGACGGGAGAAAAGGAUGGGUCGAGGAACCGAGAGAGGGGGAGAAAGACGAGGGGACAGGCUGGGACGUUAUUCAUGUCGGAGCCUCUGCGGUGGAGAUUCAUCCUGAGUUGUUGGAGCAAUUGAAGGCUCCUGGGUGUAUGUUCAUUCCUGUCGAUGAUGACAAGAUGGGGUACAAUCAACACGUUUGGAGAAUCGAGAAGGAUGGAAAUGGGGAAAUCACGAAGAAGAAGUUGUUUGGAGUCCGCUACGUGCCGUUGACUGAGGCGCCGAAGGCAUAG